AUGGCCAGACUGGCAGUUAGGUCGUUUCAGACGUUCCAGUCGUUUUGGGACAGAGGCCUGGACAGAGGCCUGGACAGAGGCCUGGACAGAGGCCUGGACAGAGGCCUGGUUCUGGCCUGGAUGCCGGGGGCUGAUUUCACCCAGACGUCGCCCCCCCUCCCAGAGGGCCCAAAAGCUGCCCAGGGCCAGCAGCCCAAAGUCCUGGGUCCCCUGGACAGGGUCUACCAAGAGAUCGCCAUCCUGAAAAAGCUGGACCAUGUCAACAUUGUCAAACUGGUGGAGGUGUUGGAUGACCCUGCUGAGGACAACCUGCACAUGGUGUUUGAGUUGAUGCGGAAGGGUCCAGUGAUGGAGGUGCCAUGUGACAGCCCCUUCUCUGAGGAGCAGACGAGGCUGUAUUUCAGGGAUAUUGUCCUGGGCAUCGAGUACUUGCACUACCAGAAGAUAGUCCAUCGGGACAUCAAGCCCUCCAACCUGCUGCUAGGGGACGACGGCCACGUGAAGAUCGCUGACUUUGGAGUCAGCAACCAGUUUGAGGGCAACGAUGCCCUUCUGUCCAGCACAGCGGGCACCCCCGCCUUCAUGGCGCCAGAGACCUUGUCCGACAACCUCAAGAGCUUCAGUGGCAAGGCGCUGGAUGUGUGGGCCAUGGGCGUGACUCUCUACUGCUUCUUAUUCGGGAAGUGCCCCUUCAUUGAUGAAUACAUCCUGGCUUUACACAAUAAGAUCAGGACCAAGUGCGUGGAGUUUCCAGAAUCGAAAGACCUCAAUAAGGAGCUGCAAGCGCUCAUCCUGAGAAUGCUGGAUAAGAACCCAGACAACAGGAUCACCAUACCUGAGAUCAAGCUGGACCCGUGGGUGACCCUGUGGUCCAUGGAGCCCAUGCCGCUGGAGGAGGAGCACUGCACAGUGGUGGAGGUGACGGAGGAGGAGGUGCAGAACUCCGUCAAGUUUGUCCCCAGCCUGUCUGCUGUGAUCCUGGUGAAGGCCAUGCUGAGAAAGCGCUCCUUCAGCAAUCCCUUUGAGUGUCCCAGCAGGAGGGAGGAGAGGUCCAUGUCUGCACCCGGAAACCUGCUCAUGGACUCGUGGCCGUUCCGCCCCUCUUUUAAACUCCACCCCUCUUUAAGGAAAGGCAGCAGUGGUGAGGGUUCGAGGGAGGGAGAGCUGGAGGACUUGCACGAAGACGAGCCCUCGUCCUGAGAGUCUCCCCGGCUCCCGUCGCCCCAGCUCAGCUCCACGUUCCUCUGACGUCUCCUCCCCUUUAAAUCCCUGCACAGGCCACUCCCCUCAGCCCAAAUGCUCCUCCCCUUUAAAUCCCGCCUGCCUGCACAAUACCUCUUGCCCUUUAAGUCCACAACGAACUCGGAACUCGUAGUCCCAUUCUCUUGCUGAUCCCUUUAAAAGAUAUUUAAACUCCUGUUCUCUCUCUCUCUCUUUCUCUAUACAUCUAUCGCUUGAGAUCUAUUGGAGAUCCAUAUGUUUCGCUUUCUCCAGCUCUCCUCUGCGUUCCUGUCUCUCUAUCCAGUCCCGUGCUUUGGAACACCCAGUUAUCUAGCCCUCCUUCCAGACCUUCCCUCCACAUACUCCCCCCCCUCCACCCCCCCCAUACCCCCCCGCACUGCAAGCCAAGAGGACCCCUCCCGUCGUCACCGGUCCAGAAGACCACCCGGAUGUCCUUCUGCUGGCGUCUCACUUAACAACCGCAUGAACGUGUUUAUGGUAUUCGUGGUGCUCUGUGAUUCCCAACCUUGCCCUGCAUGGUGAGCCGUUUCAGCCGUCCGUCCCAGUCAGAGGUCCCUCGGGUGCACCAUGAGAGACGGAUUCGCCCCCAGAAAAAAAUCCGAAACAGCAUGCUGAUGACUUUACAGCGCCCCCUGCAGUCCGACCCAAGAGCCGACGCUGGCUCUCACCCUCUCCCCCGGAUCAAUUCAGCUGCAGUGUUGUAUAUAGGCAGUCAGUUGACUGUCAAUGUUGAUGUCGCACCCAUUCAAACAGACUAAGCUUUUUCUAGUCCUUCCUCCUGCCUUUGGAACAGCAUCGUCCUGGCUGUCUUCAGAGCCUGCCCUGUGUUGCUGUUAGUCGUCAAGGCCUUGCACAGACUGCUUCCACAGGAUCCUGUUAGUUGUUAGCGGUUGGGUCUUCUGCUUCCUACAUUGAUUACUUGUCUCGGGGCUUGAUGAUGUGGUGUGGCAGGCUGUUUCAUCAUCACAGUCUCCCCUCUUCCUGCUGCUGCCUCUCCCUCUGAUGUCGCUGUUGAGAUUCGUCUCUUUGACACCGAUUGGUCGCCUGUUUUCGCGCGUUUUUUCCCCUCAUUCUCUCGUCGUCGCCAUAUCACAAUCGAGAUGGAGGGAAAUGCCGUGUUUGUGUGUGUGUGUGUACGUGUUUGUGAUUAGCCUAAGACAGUUCUGUAAUCAUUGGAAGCAUCUAUUUCGAGUAGAGCCAUCUUACGAGGGAGUGAGUCACCAUGUUUGGUGAUGCAAAAUCAGAGAGGAGAAGAUUGAGUCCCCUCUCUCCAUUUCCAUCUCAUUCUCCUUCACUCACUCACACACACUCUCUUUCUCUCUCGCUCCCUGUCAACCCAGGCAUAUUGUCUUCUGGAUAAGAGCAUGUUGACAGUCUAAGUGCGCUGAUAAUUUUCGCUGCUCUGAAAAGGGCCCCUUUUCGAUAUGGUGAUUAUUCCCAGCACAAACAAAAACAGUUCUCUUUUCACGUCAAUACUAUCCCCUCGUGGUUGAUUAGAACGGCCCAGUGCAGAGCUGUGCGUUUUCCCCUCCCUUUCUCCCUCUCUUUCCUCCCCUGUCACUCUUCCAAUCCACUGCUCUGGCACAAAGCCCUCCUCUGAGAAGGAAACCAGAGCUGUACGUGCCACAGGUAUACCAUAGAGAAUUUUUGCAUGUAGAGUUGUUUAAAUGUUGCCCUCUCAUUUCAAAUGAUGGUAAUUACAACUCAUGGAGACAUCCCAUUUGUUGGAUUAAUUUGUUAAGUACUGUAUAUACCACAUCCAGGUAUCAUGUACAUCUGUUAAUGCCGUAAAAGGUUGUUUCGGCGGUGGAUCCGUAUGGUUCUCUCUGCCCGUCCUUCUCAAAGACGUAGAAACAGCUAGCGUGUGAAGACAGAGGGAUGCUCUGCUGACUCGCCCAUGUGGCGUUUUCUCCCUCCUUCUUCACACUUCCUCUUCACCUUCUCUUCCUUCUCUUCCUUGCUUUAAUGCGUUCCUGGCGCUACAUCAUUUCCACCAUGCCCAUUCAUUUUAAUCAGCCAUUUGACUAAAGUUCCGGAGCUUGUUUUUUUUCUGCUUGUCCUCCUCCCUGUGUGCAUUGUGGAGCGGUGUCCUCAUGCAGUGGGAGGGGCUUAUAUUCAGGGGGGCGGGCGGGGGGGAUUAGACAUCUGUCUUGUCUCCAGGUGAACCUCUGGGCUCAGAGAAACCCCCCGUCUACCUUCUCUCAAACACCUUCUGGGUCAUCAAGAGGGAAUACCAUUUGAUGUCCUUUCAUCUGAGAGACUUACUUAAAGGGAAAUCCGCGGAACAGAUGAUUUUAUCUUUGGACACUCAGAUGUCUUGUGCUUGAGACGAGCUUGGUCUGUGUCUGAUGUGUAUAUUCCAUGUGUGAGAAGUGCAAUAUUGUUGUCAUCCUGUCCCAGGGUCGUGUUGUAAAUGUCGGUUGAAGUCCGGCUCAGCUUUGAAGGCAGUUGGGGCACUAUAUUUUGGUCCUUUACCUCCAUGUACAUUGUCUUCUAUAAUAUAAGCACUGUUAUGCUAAAAGAUUGCACUUUUUCCCCCCUCUUAUACUCCACGCAACUGUCACCCCAGCCAACAGCAACACCUGUCAACAUUCUUGUGCUCUUUUGUAAAAUGACUCAGUAUGAUGCAUUCACAUAUAAAUGUAAUUUUCCAAUAUGGAAAGGUUAACACUACCGUUUACAGCAAAAUUCAGUACGCUUCAUUUAAUGUUGAUUUACAUAUUUAAAAGACACUGUACAUAUAUAUAUUGUUGUAUUUUUACUGAUAGAGUAAAAUCUUCUUUUAUUGAUGAACCUGAGGGCUAUGUGCGAGAGGGCAUGUAGGUCAUGUUGAGGACAUUAGGACGGUGACUUUUUCCUGUUGUUUGCAUCGCUGCUAUGUCAUAUGUAACUGUCCUGAUAUCUGUUUUGAAGGUGCCUGUUGUCACUGUGUUAAUAGAUGUGUGUACCGUGCUGCAUUUCUCUGAAUGUACUUGUUGACGUUUGUCCCACAUACAAAAAAAGCAUGGCACAUAUGUACGGAAUGCAACGGUUACAAUGUAAAUAUGUACCAAUAUAUAAAAAGCUAUUUUUUGCAUGCUUUUUGUACACCUAGACAUAAUCAAAGACAAUAAAAAUAUCAGAAUGACUUCAGAAUGAGUCAAAUUUAAUGUAGAACCCUACAACUUUG